UAGAAAAUGGCAACACUAUUUAAUUGUACACAGCUUCUAUCAAAUGAUUCGGCGAAAUUAAAGAAUUUCGUUUAUAUACAGAAAUAAUUACUUUUUCCUUUUAACUCCCGAUUUCAAAGCAUCAAAAUGAGUAUUUUAGAAUACAAUGGUGGAAUUAUUAUUGCAAUGAAAGGAAAAGAAUGUGUUGCUAUUGCUGCUGACAGAAGACUAGGUGUGAGAGCACAAACUGUCGGUAUGGAUUUUCAGAAAAUAUAUGAAAUGGGUCCACGAUUAUAUAUAGGUUUACCUGGAUUGGCAACUGAUACUGCUACUGUUGCUCAGAAGCUGAAAUUCCGUUUGAACAUGUAUGAAUUAAGGGAAGGUCGAGAAAUGACUCCUAAAGUUUUCAGUUCAGUAGUAUCUAACCUUCUUUAUGAAAGGAGGUUUGGUCCAUAUUUUGUAUGCCCUGUUAUAGCUGGAUUAGAAUAUGGCACUUGGGAGCCUUACAUUUGUAAUAUGGAUGUAUUAGGUUCAAAAGAUGUACCAGAUGAUUAUGUAUUAUCUGGAACUUGUGAUGAUCAAGCCCAUGGAAUGUGUGAAGCAUUAUGGGAACCUGAUAUGGGACCUGAAGAACUCUUUGAAAAAAUUUCACAAGCAUUGAUUAAUGCUUUUGACCGUGAUGCCAUUUCUGGUUGGGGUGGAGUAGUUCAUAUUAUUGAAAAGGAUAAAGUAACUACAAAACUGUUGAAGACAAGAAUGGAUUGAGGAGUUGCAGAAAAUGUUUUUCAUUUAACAUAUUUAAUAAAUUGGUUUUUCUUUUUUAAUAA